CCGCGGCUGCGCGCUCGGUGCCGGUGCAGCCCCGCCCCAGCCAUGUCGGCCCCGCGCAGACGCCCCGCGGCCGCGGCCGGGGGGGGGCCCGAGGGGGCGGCCGAGGGGGGAGCCCCCGCCGGAGCCCCCGCGCCCGGCGAUGCGGAGCGGGGCAUGGCGGCCCCGCCGCUCUGCCUGCGCCUGCUGGCCGCCGCCUUCUACGGCCUCAGCUCCUUCCUCAUCGUCGUCGUCAACAAGAGCGUCCUCACCAGCUACGGGUUCCCGUCCUCGCUGUGCGUGGGGCUGGGCCAGAUGGUGGCCACGGUGGCCGUGCUCUGGGCGGGGAAGGUGCUGCGGGUGGUCAAGUUCCCUGACCUGGACAGACACAUCCCCCGGCGGACAUUUCCUCUACCUCUCCUGUACUUCGGGAACCAGAUCACGGGACUGUUCAGCACAAAGAAGCUGAACCUGCCCAUGUUCACGGUGCUGCGGAGGUUUUCCAUCCUCUUCACCAUGUUCGCCGAGGGCUUCUUGCUCAAGAAGAAGUUCUCCUGGAGCAUUCAGAUGACAGUAUUUGCCAUGAUCUUUGGUGCAUUUGUGGCUGCCAGUGCUGACCUGGCAUUCGACCUGGAGGGAUACAUUUUUAUCCUCAUCAACGACGCCUUAACAGCUGCAAACGGUGCCUACGUGAAACAGAAGCUGGAUUCCAAGGAGCUGGGGAAGUACGGUCUGCUCUAUUACAAUGCACUGUUCAUGAUCCUCCCCACCCUGGCCAUUGCCUACAUCACUGGAGAUGCACAGAAGGCGGUGCAGUUCCAGGGCUGGGCAGACACGUUCUUCCUCGUGCAGUUCACGCUGUCCUGUGUGAUGGGGUUUAUUUUGAUGUAUUCCACGGUUCUUUGCACUCAGUACAACUCUGCUCUUACAACUACAAUAGUUGGCUGCAUUAAGAAUAUUUUAAUAACCUAUAUUGGGAUGUUUUUUGGAGGAGAUUAUAUUUUUACAUGGAUGAACUUCAUUGGUCUAAAUAUCAGUAUUGCUGGAAGCCUGGUGUACUCCUACAUCACCUUCACCGAGGAGCAGCUGAGCAAGGAGUCGGAUGCUGGCAGCAAGAUGGACAUGAAAGGGAAGAGCUCGGUGUGAGCAGGCAGGGGCUGCUUUGGGAGCCGACCUCUUCUGCCCGCCUGAUGCGGGCAGGACGUGGGAAGGGCCCCGGGGCGCCUGCCAGGAGCCACCGGGGUGCUCUUGAUUUGCACAGCUGAGAUUGCUGCCUUCACAAAUCCUUGGGAGGACCCACCCAGCCUGCACGGGGAAGGAUGAGCCUAAUUAAGCCUGAUCGGGAGGAAUUAGCGGGUUUCUAAUCAAGCUGGGGGUUGGCAGCGGAGAUGGGCACGGGCAGGGCGAGGCUGGCAGCUCUGCUCCCAGGGUGUGCCAGGGGUGUUCCUGGCUGGAGCUGCUCCCUGGGAUCCCUGGACCUGCUGAUCCCGGCGGGGUGGGAGGCUGGGGCUGGCUCCGUGCCCAGCCCGCUCCCUCUGGAACGGGGGAAUGCCCUGGGAGCUGCUCCUGGGCUGGGCCAAGACCUCCUGGAUGAAUGUUCACUGCUCUCUGGACUUCAUUUUCAGCUGUUUUCUGUUGGUUUUCUGUUUGUUUGGUCCAUUUACCCACUUUCCAAGCUGGGUUUGCCCUCCUGGGUCCGCCUCCGUCUUUCCGAGGCUCGGUGACAUUCCCAGCGGGAAGGGUUUUCCUGCCCAGCCUCCCUUGGAUCCAGCCUUGGCUUUGGGAAAGCUGCUGCCUUUCAGGGAAGAUCCACCAGGGAGGAGCUGCUGGGAUCACAGGAGAGCCAAGGUUGUCCCACCCGGCACAGCACAUCCAGGGAAUCUGCAAAGGCUGCAGCUCCCACCCCUGGAAGAGGCACAAGGACUUAAAUCUUCUUUUUUGGCAAGUACAGGGGACCCCAUAAUUCUUGUUUUCCACCCUGGGUCUGUGACCCGCUAGAAGAAAGGAAUUGUAGAACACUGGGCAGUGUUCAGUGAUUUUUAAAGGUUGUCUUACCCAGCACCUCUUUCCAGGUCUCCGUGGGUUAUCUUUUGGUUUUGAAAAGAAUUGUUUUUAAGCUUGGUUAAAAAAACUUUUAGUAAAAUAAUGUAUUUAGAGAUUUUUGUACCCUAACAGCUUCUCUAGACACUGACAGUGGGGUUUUUUAGGAGAUACUUGCUUAAACUGCAACUGCUGUUGGGCAAAGCUGCAUUUGUUGGAGUUUACUGGAAGUUUUUGGAUGGGAAGGAGAUUUCCUGUGAGGGUGCAGCUCCAGCCUGGUGAGCUGGGGAAGGUGUGGAGCGAGUCAGCAAUUCCAGAGCCACACUUCCCUUUUUUUGUGGCAUUUUGUGGUCACUGCAGGGCAGUUGGGGUGUCCUGCAGCAGCCCCUCAGCACAUUCCCCCUCUGAGCACAGU